UUAGGUAUACCUAUUUUGGGCUAUAAAGAAAAUUGAAAACUGAAAAUUUUCUGCAAAGAAUUUGCUUGAAAAGUAAAACAGAUAGUGUUGGAAGGUUUUAAUACAGUUUUAUUUGAGAGAAUGACUAUCAGCAUGUGACUAUAAAGUGAUAUUUCCACUAUUUAUUAACUCAACUUAUUGCGUGUGGAAAAAUUUAAUAAUUAUUAAGAUUGUUUGUUAAAUUGGUCAACAACGCCAACAUACUACCACAGCCAUGCGAAAGAACAAAUUAAGGUGGUGUCCAGAACGCUUGGAAAAUUUUUCCGGAUAAAAUAAAGAAUGAUAUGUGCAUAAAAAUGGAUGAAAGUCUGUAUUGCUCAAAGAAAAAAGUCAAAUAUGCGAGCUGUAGCCUUCAAUUUGCUUGUCCAAUUGAUGUGUUGGUGGAAGUAUACUGCGGCUUGUUGUUUACCAAUAAACAUUCUGACAAUAGCUAUGAGAUUUAUCGAAUGUGUGUACAAAUUUUAAUCUAAAUAUCAUUUUAGGUUUUAACUGAACUCUUCUACGUUGGAAUAUUUGCGCAAAUGGGUCCUCUACAACAGCAGAUGUCUUUAGGAAGCAGUUGCUCUUGUGCCAAUGAUCCAAAUUUUGCGAUAAUAUGUGCUUUCCUGCAGAAGUUUGGACAUGACUUAAAUAUUGAUAUACCGAAUUUCAAACAACUUCAAGAGUGGCUCACCAAAACAGACGAAGUCGCUGUUCCUUUAAAGGAUUUGCAUAUAAAAUUGAUGCGGAAGAAUCGUAAAACUGUACACGAAAAGAGCUGGGAGUCAGCUUUGAGUAAAUUUUGUUUUUCCUACUCCGCGCAAGAUGCUUGGGAAAUAGAAAGAUUUGGAUAUAAAAAUGCCAGCCUUAAAGUAAAAUUGAGGGUAUUAAAGGAGCUACUUGAAAGUCAAUUCGAGCGAAAUACUAAAUUCAGAGCCAAAAUUCUAACUCAAUCGGCAGAGUCGCUAAGGUCGGAGCCGAUAGGACGCGAUCGCCUUGGUCACGCAUACUGGAUUACACAAGAUAAUGAUUGUAAUUUAAGAAUUUACCAGGAGCAUUUGGAUGAAGAUAUUUGGCAAGUUGUUGCAACUAAUCGCGAGGAGUUUGUUAAUUUGAUAGAUAGACUACGUGGGAAUGAGGUAGUACUGCCUUCAAAUGAUAUUGGCACAAUUGAUGAAGAUACCAGCAGCAGCAAUAGCUUAGCAGGACCAGACGCAAAAAUUAAUUUAGAAGAAACCCAAUCCAAAACAGACGGUGGUGAACAAAAAGUACCGAAAUUAAGUAUUAAAAUCUCAAAUGACAAAACUUUAAUCGAAAGUGAAACAAACGAUCUUCCCAGUGGUGGAGAAGGUCAAACCACAGACGAUAAUGAAUAUUCGAAUAGUAAAUAUACACGUGAUUGCACUGAGAAUAUUGGCGAAAAUAAGGAAUACGUUUUAGAAGGAAAGAGUAAAGAUGCGGAAAGCGAUGACAGCGAAAAAAGCAGGAAAAUUGAGCCAAUCAUUAUAUCACAAAAGAAAAUAAAAGAUACGAACAAUGAAGAAAAGAAAUCAAAAGUAGAUCCAGAGGGCAAAUGUGAAAAGAAGGAAAUCGCACAAAAAGGCGUUCAGAAUGUAGGAAACCCGGAAGACAAGCGGAGAGUUGAGCCAAUACUUAUAACACAGAAGCAAAUAACAAGCACGCAGAGCGAGCAAGACACUACAAACAAAUUGGGUAAAAAGAGAUUGGCAAGUGAAGAUCGGGAACCCAUAUGUACAACACAAGAAGAAAUUAAUCCCGAAAAGAACGAAAAAACUUCUUUGCCGGACACCAAACGGUACAAAAUAUCAACUAUCAACGAUGAGGAGGACAAAACAGGAGAAGAAGACCGAGAAGAUAGCGGAGAGGAAUCAGAUACUGAAGAUGAGAUUGAAGAAGAGGACAUAGACUCUGCAGCCGCUGAAGAAGACGAAAACGAAGAGAAACAAAUUGAGGAAUUCGAUGAUGAUGAUAUUCCGAAUGUAGUUGUAGGUGAAGCUAUCACUGAUCCUGUUUUGCAUGUAGAAGGGACAGGUUCUGGUAAUGAAUGCGAAUCUGUAUUUUUUAAUUGCGGUGAUUAUUUCAUUGAGGAUGAACAAGAAAUACAUGUAAGCGAUGCUAUUGAAGAGGAUUUGGUCUUAGUGUGUGGAGAAGGAUAUGGUACAGAAUGUUUAAUAGGCAACUCAAAAAGUGAAGAUAAUGUAUCAACCGAAUCCGCUUUGAAAGACAACAUCAAAGUUGAUGCAAUUAAUGAAACUGUUAAAUUGAACCCCAAGGAUGAAAAAUGUCAGGAAGUGAAGCUUGAGAGUACAACAAUCGAUAAAGAAGAUAAUAAAACAAAAAGCAACGAUACAGACACGGAAAAUCUAAGAAAUGACAAAGAUAAUUCAGAGAAAGCAAAAGAGUUGUCUGAUUCCAAAAACAGUGCUCCAAAAUCCAGACUUGCAAGAAAUGUAAAAAGCAAACUUACUGCAAACAUUUGUAGCGCAGGCGAAAAUCCAAAAAAAGAGGAAAGUUCUGCUGAUGCUUUACCGACAAAUACAGACAUACAUUUGGAAAAGACUCCGGAUCCUAAAAUUGCUGAAGAAAAAGAAACAUCAAAUUCAGAAAUUCAACCUAGCUUAAACCGAAAAAGACGUUUGGGGAAAUUCGAAUCACAGCCAAUUCAGAAAAAUUUGCAAUCAGAAAGCGAGAUUGACAUAAAUUCUGAAAACACAGAAGACUGCAAUAAUGAUAAAGACGCGGAAGUUGAUGAGCCCGACGUUGGUGGAAAGCGGCUAAAAAUGCGUCCCAAACAAAGCAAUACAGAGUUGCGAAAAAAGGUGGAGGCAAAGAAAGCAGCUGUUCACGAUGAAGUCAAUUCAUCGAGUGGAGGAGAAGAGAAUACACAAAGAAGAAGAAAAAUAUGUUCGCCUAAAAAACAUAUUGAAAAGAAGUUGAUUAAAACUGAACAGAUAGACAAAUCCGCCAGUCAGAUAUCUUCUAAUAACGCCAACGGAUCAGAUGAACAUAAUUUGCCGAGCAAAAGCAUGACAAACAAUGCAAAGAACGAGCCGUCGAAAGAGAUAGUUUCUAAAAGUGAUACCCAUUUAUCCAUAGCAAAACAAAAGAAAACUUUAGAAGAAAUUAUAGACAAGAAGUUGAAAAAGACCCACGAAGAAAUUGGUGAGGAUAUUUGUUCUAAAAGACGGACAAAAUCUCCGCCAUCAACAACGAAAAAAAAUCCUGUAACAAAGCCUUUAAAGAAGAAUUUAUUAAAACAAAUUUGGCACGAAGAAACAGAAAAAGAAUCUAUGGCUGAUAACACGGCUGAUGUGAAAAAUGAAAACAGGACAGAGGAAAAAUCUUCUGUGGUAGACAAUAUGAAAGACAAUAAAAGUAAGGUUUUUGAACGGCAGAGAAAACGGCACAGCAGUGAGGAGGCAGAUUGCCAUGUUGUUAAAGAGGAACCAGAAGCUAAAAAGGAAGUUUCGCACAGCGAAUUCCACGAAAAAGGAGAAACUGAUGCCGUUAAGACAAAAGUAUUAAGCAUAGAAGAUGCAGAACCUGCAGUCCAUGUAGAUGAAUUAAAAAAAGAAGAAGAUGUUUCAGUUUCGAGUUAUGGUCGGAGAGCAACGAGGCGUGGUAAUGCGAAUAUUUGCCAAUCUAAUAAAAAGAAAAUAGAUGUAAAAAGAACUGAAUCGGUGGCGGAGAAGAGUAAAUUGAAUAGCAAAGAAAUGCCCGCAGAUAAAAACAUGGAAUCAGAAAAGGUUUUAAACAAAUGUCUUUCCCCCGUUGGUGUAGAUCGAAGCAAAUCAGUUAAGAAGGAAGACGGAGGAGAAGUUUCUGACGAAAAAGCCAAUACAAUUCCAGACGCUAUUAAGACAGAUAUACCGGCAUCAUCGAAAAAAGUGGUUAAGGGAAAUCGUAAGCAACGUGAUGUUGAUGCUACAAAUAUAAUUGAUACCACCGACGCUGAAACACCUGUGCGUCAAUCAAGGCGCAUAGCUCAGUUAAAAAUUCGAGAGGAAGCUGAGCGUCGAAAACUUGAGGAAAUAGCUUUAAGAACAAUGAAGCAAGAGUUAAAAAAGAAAAAGAAGGCAGAAAAAGAAGCGGAUCCUACCAUUCUUCCCCCCUCAGAACCUUCAUCAGAAUCAGAGGAGAGUGAAAUCGACACAAAGAAGAAAGUGCAGAAAAAGAAAUGUCCGGGAAAGAAUGGCAGCUGGUCAUCCGGAUCAGAAGAGCAAGAAGAACCAGAUGAAGAGGAGUAUGAAGAGCACCAUCGUUAUGAGACAGAUCCUGGUUCGCCACUUUUCAGGUCGGAUCACGAAUUCUCACCUGAAUCGGAUAUUGAGGAUGAAACUCAAGUAGUACCCAUGAAGAGAGCACGAACUGUUCGCAAAGAAAAUGAUGUAGACAAUGAGCCAGAUGAAGAGGAAGCUUGUCAAAAAUGUCAUAAGUCGGACCACCCAGAGUGGAUAUUACUGUGCGAUAAAUGCGACAAAGGUUAUCAUUGUUCAUGUUUAUCGCCUGUUCUUUUUUAUAUUCCGGAAGGUGACUGGUACUGCCCACCGUGUCAACAAGAACAAUUAAUAAAAGCAUUAGAGGGACAGCUAAACGAGUUUGAUGAAAUGGUUGAGCGCAAAAAAGAAGAGCAAGAAGAAUUGAAACGCCAGAUGGAGAAAGAAAAUGCGCGACGUUUAGAGGAAGAAGAGCUCACAAGUCAAAAUAAACGAAAAACUAAGAAAAUUCAGCAUGGUCAAGAUGGUAGCAGCAGCGACAUAAAUACUGAGCACAGUGUAGAGAGCGAUGCCGCAACAAACUCCAACUCUGGCGAAAGUGAAACAGAGAACAAGAAACUUCCGAAAAAGAAGACAAUUGACAAACGCCGAAGGAAUGAUCGAAGGCAAUAUUCAUAUCGUAAUACUAGAAGCCAUAAGCAAAAAAGUCUUUCGGAAAGUGACAGCAAUUCUCAUAGAACAUCAAAUUCUGAAAGUGUAUCAAAAAGUGAAUCGUCUUCCUCGUUUUCUGAUAGUGACGACGAACCAAUCUACAAAUUGAGAAAGCGAAGGCAAUUAAAUGUUAGUUACAGAUUGAAUGAGUAUGAUGACCUUAUUAAUUCUGCACUUAAGAAGGAAAUGGAUGAGGUUGCUGGAGCAGGUAAUUUAGGUCGAGGGAAAGAUAUAUCAACAAUAAUAGAAGCUGACAAGGAGGAGAAGGCGAGGCAGAAAAAUCUUGAGACCUCUGACAUGCCGGUGGAAAAAGAAGAGAAAAACGAUUCCAGGAACGAAAAAGAGAGCGCUCAAAAAGAUGAAAGCGAAAGUGAGGAUGAACUAAUAAAGGACCUUGUUCAGUCAAAGUCGACAAUGAAGAAAAAAUCUCGUAAGCUAACGACAUUAGAUAUAAGCUCGGAAGACGACGAUGCUUCUGAUGAAGAUUUUAAAGGGUCGUCCGUGGACGAAGAAGACGACAGCUUUGGGUCAUGCUCAAUUAAUAGUGACUCAAGUUUGGAAAUAUAUAAACGAAAAGGCAAGUCAAGGAAAAAACAGAGAAAAGCUGCAAGACGUGCUUUUAGAGAACGUCGCAAGGACAGGAAUUUUAUAGUAGACAACAGUGAUGACGAUGAAGAAGUACAAAAACCUAAAUCGAAAAAGAAACGGAAAGUUGAAUCUGAUUAUACUGAAAGUGAAAUAGAUGACGAAGAUCUGUCGGAGCUAUCAAACAACAUUGAUAGCGCUGAUUUGUGUGAUGAUACAACAACUGAUGAAUCGGAUGGAGCUUGGCGCCCCAACAAACGUAAAAAAUCGAAAAAGACAUCUGGUCCAACAGCAGGAAAGUCUAGCAAAACAAAGGUCCGUCAUUUGAAUAAAUCCAAGAAGGAGGUGUAUUCGGAUGACGAUAUAACAGAUACCGACGAAGAAGAAAUUGAAGAUGAUAGUAACGGUGCAGUUGGUGGAGGAAAACAACCACGUUCACAGCCCCUAAAGACUAAUUCCAAUUCAAGCAAAGCGAAAGCUAAAACUUCUAACAAUAAAAAAUUCUCAGAUGAGGAUAAGAGUUUUUCAGAUAGUGGCGAUAGUACGAGGCGUACUCGUGGUAGACGGUAUGCUUACAUAGAGGAUUUCGACGAUGAUAGUUCAGAUGGCGGCAUUAAACCUGGUGUGAAACGUCCCGAUACACCGCCAGAAGAGCGUGAAAAAUUCAUAAAACGUCAAGAGGAAAUAAAGCGUAUGUUAGCAGAAAAGAAUGCAGAAGGCGCAAAACUUGUUGCUACGCCUCGCCUUACACCUAUCAAAAGUGAAUGUGAUAGGGAGAAAAAAUCACCUUCGAAGUCGGUUGGAGAUACAUUGUCUACAGUGCCGAUGUCCGUAAUAAGACAAGCCAAGGUACUUGACAUUGAUUACUUGCAACGUCGUGGCGAACCAUUAGAUGAUUCACUAAAUGAUGUUGAUGAUGAGUUUGAUGACGCAGACUUACCUGACGAUCUACCGGAAGACAUGGAUGAAGACGCCAUCGCUCGUAUGGUUGAAGAUGAAGAAGAGUUUGCUGCUGUUGCAACAAGAGAUCUGCCGCCAUCUGAUGAAAUUAUUCAACCAACGCCAGCCUCCGUCAAAGCAAAAUCGAAACCUGUGGAAAAUGUACAUACUACUGAUAAAACCCCAGAACUUUCUACUGUAACAUUGCAACCAACCAUUGCAGUUGCAUCCUCUGGUCUUCAAGAGCCUGUUAGAAAACGAUUUCCAAUGCCCACAAUGCAUCCUCCUUUAUUGCGCCAUCAACAUCAUGACAGUGUGCACGGAGCGCCGAUAGUGGUCCAAAGACAUACUUCCCCGCACUUGAGUCACUUACUGCAGAAUGCUCUUUCAUCGCCGGCAAAUCAAUCAUUCUCCAGUUCAUAUCCUAUGCCACCGAAUAAUCAAUCUCUAAUUACUCGAAUGACUAACAGUACACAAGUCCCAUCUUCUCCAUCAGCAGUUAAUGCACCUUCCCGCAUGUCCACUCCUUUAAUUGUUAAAUCAACACAACAAAUAAAUAUGCAGUCACAAAGCAAAGCGACAGCGCCAACAGCUGAGUCUGAAGUUAAACCCAGAGGACGUCGAAAGAAAAUUACACCUCUAAGAGAUACUUUACAAAAGCAGCAGACAGCGGCAGCCGUAGCUGCUGCAGCUUCUGCUUCCACUUCAGCAAGUAUUGCGAACUCAUCUAUUGGAAUUAUCAAACCACCGUACUCUUUCAAAGGAUCAGAUGGUGUUAUAAGAGUAUCAGCACCUACUAAGGCUCCAGAACAACAAGGCAGUGCAAUUCCUACUAUGCAGCCUCGUUCCUUAAAUACCAUACAAACCGGACCAAUAUUUGCAGGACCUGAAGGCUUUUACGGCUCACCUUCAUCUCGCAUUCCACAUGGAAAUACACAACGACAUCGGGGUCCGCCGCCAAUACCGCAAGGGCAUUUGACAACCCAUUCGGCAUUACGACAUUCAUAUGGUCCUCCACCCCCUUUAAAAGGAGCCUUAUCGGCACCAUCAACAACCAGUUCCGCAAAUGUCAGACCUCAGGUACAUCUACCGCCCUUUAUUGGAAGUGUGCCACCCACAAGGCAUUCCGGCUCUCACCUUAAUGUAUACGGGCCACCUAUAUAUGGAAAUCCAAAUUUUGUUCAUCGUGGCAAUCACAGGCCUAACCUUCAUUCGACAGAUUAUCCAACAGAACCACGUCCAUAUCACCCUCCAUAUAGUUUUUACCCCCCUCCUCCACCAUUGACAACCCCAGUACGGUCCCAAGUGAUUCUACAGCAACCUCCUACGUCGGUCAUUGCCUCUAGCGUUCAGUCAGCGACACUUCUCUCUAAUAAAGACAAGCCCAUGCCACCAAGAGUUAUCGAGGAAGAUACUAUUGCCAAACCAAUAGUUAUUAAACAGGAAAUAUCUUCUGAAAGCAAUACUUUAAAAUCGCCGGUUAAAACAUCUCCAAAGCCAAUCCCUGAUUCAAGAAAGCAACUGACGACGUUGGAAGAAUAUUCUGCAAGCAGCUCUAGGGUUAAGUCGCCAAUACAGCAAGAGGAACUUUUAUCAACAACUCAGGAUUCACCUUGCAACAAACAGGACGUAGCAGAUGAUCCCCAAUUGACAGCAAUACACGAAACACCGGCAACUGACCGACAGGCUAGCGAGUUUAGUGGCUUAGUGAGCUAUUUUAGUUCUCAACACGACGAUUACACUACGUAGCGUAAGAAAAAAUGAUUCGUAUAAUAAUGUACAUAUUAUUUUCACCGGUGGACAUCCACAAUAAGUAACAAAUAAAAACGUUAAUAGAUUUAUUUACAUACGUACUACAAUUCAAAAUUGCUUAAUUCAAUUGUAAACUUCGUUUGCCGAUUUGGUUUAGUAAUGUGUGUCUAUAAUCUGGUGCAGAAGUAGUGAUUGCACAUUUAUACUGUUCAAGUCGCGUUUUUAAAUUUAAUACGUUUUAAUUUGGGCAUACCCAUUUUAAAUUGGGCAUUCUCAAUAAAUUUAUUAUUUAAAUUUUAAAGAAAAUUUUGUAUAAUUUUAAAAUCCUUUAAAUUUUAUUUUCCACCUUCAAUUAACUUGUAAUUUAAAUUUUUUCAUGCAUUGGUAAGUUAAAAAAUCUUCAAACUUAGAAAUUUUUUUAUUUGCUUUUGCAUAAUACUUCGUGCCAGAUUAAGUUGACUAAAUUCGUUCAGAUUUAUUUCAAGUGUUUUAAGGCAUUAAGUAAAUAUUUUACCAAAUUCCAUCAGUACUUUAAUCAAAUGUUCAAUUAAAUUGGCAGAUUAACCAUCCAUAUUAUACUAAUUUUUUAGUAUAUACUACCAUUUGUAUUUAUAUUAAGCAUUAGUUUUUUCUGCGAUUAAUUCCACAUAUGUAUUCGAACGUAUAAUAUAGACAACAUUACAAAGCAUUAAGUAAAAAAUGGGUAUUUGUCUUUAAUAUCUACCUUUUUCAAAAUAUAUGUAUUUAUUAUAAUUUUAGGAAUAAACACGAAAAAUAUACAUGCCGAUAUUCUAUGGUAUUUUGAAAACAAAAAACGUA